AGUUGUCGACAUGUGUUUAUCGGAACGCCGAUGCUUUGCUACCACUUUUUACAACUAUGAAGCUUAAUUAUUGAAGUUUAAUAACGUUAGUAACAUCCGUUGUAACUACUAUACCUAAUUUCCCUCUUGAUUAAACCAAGUGCAUUUUUAUCAUACUUAGAAACUUAGUAACUUCUCAGUUGGAGUGGAGUUGGUUAUAGUACCAGUGACCAACAAGUGGUUUGUUUGCAAAUUCCUAGUGAUUUCUUUUCGCCAUGGAUGUCAGGGCUGAUGCAAAUCUAAAAGAAAAGGUCAAGGAUGAUGUUGGGGUUCACUGUCAGAAGAUAUUCCAAGAUUUUCUCGAGGAAUUUCGAGAGGAUGGUGUCGUCAAGUACCUGGAUGGAGCAAAAGAGCUCAAGAAUGAGGAAAGAAAUACGAUGGAAGUCAGCUUUGAAGACGUUGAAAAGUACAAUCAAAAUCUCUCUGCAACAAUCAUAGAGGAGUAUUUUAGAAUAUACCCUUACUUGUGCCAAGCUGUUGCAAACUUUGUCAAGGAUCAUGCGGGCGAGACAAAGAAGAACAAAGAGUUCUAUGUCAGUUUCAUCGAUGUUCCAACAAGGCAUAAGGUCAGAGAAAUGACGGCAACCAAAAUUGGUACAUUAAUCAGGAUAUCAGGCCAGGUUACCCGUACACAUCCUGUGCACCCAGAGCUGGUCUCCGGAACCUUCAAAUGUUUGGACUGUCAGCAGGUCAUCAGAGACGUUCAUCAGGAAUUUAAAUUUACGCAGCCCACUAUUUGCACCAAUCCAAUCUGCAGUAAUCGGCGUCGAUUCACGCUAGAUGUCCACAACUCUGUUUUCGUUGAUUUUCAGAAGGUCCGUGUUCAAGAAAUACCCUCAGAACUGCCUCGUGGUAGUAUUCCUCGGUGUGUGGAAAUAAUUCUACGUGCUGAAACUGUUGAAAGUGUGCAAGCUGGAGAUAGGUAUGAUUUCACAGGGACUCCCAUCGUAGUGCCAGAUGUUGGGGCUCUUUCAAUGCCUGGAGCUAGAGCUGAGCCUGCCUCCCGUCACAAAAUGGGAGAUUCAAAUAUUGAAGGAAUCAGAGGGUUAAAAUCUCUAGGAGUUCGAGAACUAAAUUACAGAAUGGCUUUUCUUGCCUGCUCUGUAAUGCCAACAAAUACUAGGUUUGGAGGAAAUGAAAUGUCAGCUGAAGAUUUGACUCCGGAAUUAAUGAAGAAACAAAUGACCGAAGCAGAGUGGGCAAAAAUUUACGAAAUGUCCACAGAUCGAAAUCUUUUUAACAAUCUGGUGUCAAGUUUUUUCCCUUCCAUUCAUGGGAAUGUUCCCGUCAAAAAAGGAAUUUUACUGAUGAUGUUCGGUGGUGUACCUAAAACAACAAUUGAGGGAACCACUUUAAGAGGUGACCUCAAUUGUAUCAUUGUAGGGGAUCCUAGUACUGCCAAAUCUCAAUUUCUGAAGCUGGUUGCCGAAGCAUAUCCACGUGCAGUUUAUACAUCCGGGAAAGCCUCUAGUGCAGCUGGUCUAACUGCAGCAGUUGUGCGUGAUGAGGAGUCUUUCGACUUUGUCAUCGAGGCAGGUGCCCUCAUGUUGGCCAAUAAUGGAAUUUGCUGCAUUGAUGAGUUUGACAAAAUGGACCCCAGAGAUCAAGUUGCUAUCCACGAAGCAAUGGAGCAGCAGACCAUUUCUAUAGCCAAAGCUGGAGUACGAGCCACCUUGAAUGCUAAAACCUCUAUCUUGGCAGCUGCAAAUCCGAUCGGUGGAAGGUAUGACCGAGGAAAGUCUUUGCAGCAGAAUGUAGCUCUUUCAGCACCUAUCAUGUCCAGGUUUGAUCUCUUCUUUGUCCUCAUUGAUGAGAGUAACCCAAUAGUGGAUCACACAAUAGCACAAAAAAUAGUUGCUCUUCAUCAAAAUGCUGAAGAAGCCCCCAGGAUGUACACUCAAGAGGAAAUCCUGAGGUAUAUCACUUUUGCUCGGCAAUUCAAACCAAGAAUCAGUUUGGAAGCCAAAGAAGUGUUGGUUGAAGCAUAUGCGCAACUAAGGCAGAGAGACAACCGAACAAGUGGAGGUUUAUCAUGGCGCAUAACAGUACGACAGUUAGAAUCUUUGGUUCGACUUUCGGAAGCUAUGGCAAAAAUGGAAUGCUCAGACGAUGUCACUGUUAGGCAUGUUGAGGAGGCCAAGAAAUUGCUCAACAAAUCUCUUUUACGAGUUGAACAGCCAGAUGUCUUACUGGACAGAGAAGAAGAUGAAAUGGAUGUGGACGAACCGGCUGAGAUGCCCUCAACUCCAGCACCUGCUGACCAGGGUGAUGGGGCACCCGAAACAAGUCCAGAGAAACAAGCGCCACAGAAGAAGAAACUGACAGUUUCUUAUGAAGAGUACAUAGCAAUUACAAAUAUGUUAGCAGCGUACAUGCGUAAAGAAGAGGAGCUGAGGACGGCUGCAGGAGGUGAAGGAGUGCGGCGCAGUGAAGUUGUUAAUUGGUACCUGGAGCAAGUUGAAGAUCAAAUCGAAUCUGAGGAUGAUCUAGUAGAAAAAAAAGUUUUCAUUGAUAAAAUUCUGGAUCGGCUAAUAUAUCAUGAUGGAGUAAUUCUUCCACUGACAACCGAUGCAGCUGAUGACACAGAUCCAUUGAUAGUUGUGCAUCCAAACUACGUGUACUGAGCAUGACUUUCCUCCAUCCUAAGGCACAGAGGACAGUUUUUGCAUUUUAAAAAAGUUAUUUUACCUCUGAAAGAAAUAGCAUGUUCCACUCUGAUAGCAUCACAAUACUCAUCCUUAAGUGAUUUUAUUUAGAACCAUUCAAAGCAGUUUUAUUAUGAAUCAGCAUAUUUUUAAAUUUGUAAGUUUAGGAAAUCUUGAGUAUCACUACUUCUUUGAAGAAGCAGGUAUUUUUCUUGUUCCCAUCCUAAAACUUUUGUAUUUAUCAUUGUCUAGUUGUAAUUUCUCCGUAAGUUAUCAUUGGUUCAAGGACAUAUAGUCAUCUUGAUUCUCCAUCGAUCAGUUUCCAUGAAAUUCACCAUAAGUAUUUGUUCAUCUGUAAAUAUUUUUAAUAAACUACGUCCACCUGAAAAA